AUGAAGUGCCUCGCAAAAGGACUGGAUCCGGAAUCGUACUUGCUACAAAACGCCACUUACAUUCUGGUGAUGGAGAGCGACAUCCCGUACGAUCUCUGCAUCGGGUAUGUCAAGCAGCUCCUGAGCGCAGCCUCCGAGUACGAGGAAGUCACAGUGACAGGCGUCGCGAAUGGUGAUAGUGAAUACAGAGAGGACUACCUGGCAUGGGACAGACACGAAAAGUGGAAGGAGAGACUCUCUCUCCUCUUCUGUGGUCUCAGGACUUUCGCAUUCGUCAGCAUGUUUUUCGUCUUGGGAUCAGGACGCAUCGCUGUAUUCUUCGUCCUCUUCGCCCUCGUCGUCGCUGGACUGCCUGCGAUUCACCUCCUCCUUGACUUCCGGCUUACCAAUCGCUUCGAAGCCCUUUACAGAAAGCCCCGGUGCCUCGCAGAAGGACUGGACUCUGAGCUGUACAUGUUCCCGAAUGUCCCCUAUGUUCUGGUGAAGAAGCGACACACGCCUUACGCCUCCUCCCCCUGGUACGUCCGAUUGCCCCGGAACGCCGUCGAACAUCGAUUCGCAUGCGUGAGAGGCUGGGUCCAUCGGGAUGCCGUGUCCAUACUCUUGAACCAACGCUGGAGCGUUGGGGAAUUUUCCCCGGACCCGAGGGACGGGGGUCCCCCGUUUGUGCUCAAGGAAGUUCUUACUCCGGCUCGUCACGGAAACACAGUUAAAGUCAUUCUCACGAACUUCCCGAUCAUUCGACCGCAUAAGCAUGACGUCGGGACCGGGACUCCGAUGCGUCACUUCGGCAUCGGGCAAAAUUCCUUAAACGCAUCAUCGAAGCAUCAUAACCGAGGAUUCAUGAGCACCAUGAGUUGCCCAGAGUUGCCGCCUCCGAAUCACGAGGCAGAGAUCCAUACAGGCUUAAAAAACGAUGAUAGGAGUGAAUCAUGCAAAAUUAUAAUACAAACUUAAUAAAGAAGUUGUCAAGUGACUAUCAAUA